AUGACAUCCACUGGUAUAGGCGAUGACUCGGGUGUUGAAACAGUCACCUCAAACAUCGAUUCACCAUCGCACUCAGCUACCACCGGCGAGGACUUGGGCCUUGAGAUCUCCAACACUUCGCACACAAGUCUUCCAUCGCUUAUUUCCCGCCUCCCGACUGAAAUUCUUUCGGAAAUCUUCCUGUACUGUCUGCCCGAAGACGAGCAUCUGGUGUACGCAUCAAGACAGGCACCUAUGCUAUUGACCAAAAUAUGUCGCCGAUGGAGGGAGAUUGCUGUGGGAUUUCCCAGGUUAUGGUGCAGGCUGCAGGUGGAAUUCUGGUACGAAGACUGGAAGACAAGAGCCUCCAGCCACGAAGACUGGCAGACGAGAGCUUUUGGAUACGACUCCUGGCUCAAGCGAUCGAGAGGAUGUCCCCUCUCGUUAAGACUCGAGUGUGGUAAUGACUGGAGUGAGCUACAAAUCCUGCUCCAGCCAUACGUUCAGCAAGUCUCGUCUCUCUCACUUGGCUUUAUAUCCCGCGACGGCCCCUUCAGGAUAGAAGACUUCCAGGCACUCAAGGACCUGACUAUCCGCAAAUACAUGUUUGAUGAUUACGCACGAGCUAUCAACCCCCUCUCUCUCAAAUUACCGGUUAAUCUGCGCACGAUUAACAUGAGGAACGUGUGGUUCAACCGCCGGCAAUUAGAUUCCUUCGCUGAUUCCGGAUGGGACCGUCUCACACAUCUCGAGAUCAGCGUAGAUGGACGACACUCGGACACCCGCAUACUCAGUCUAUGUCCUAAUCUCUCUUCACUGAAGAUGACUGGAUUAUUUAACCUGAACCAGACUGCAGAACCAGUCACGCACACCAACCUUCAAUCCUGGCACAUAUCUUGGACCGUAAUUCGGAACUUGACCGGAGAUCCUGGCCUAUUCCAGGUUAUGACACUCCCCAAGUUUCGCACGCUUGGAGUUAGCCAGGGCCGUGGCCGCAUGAAUCCUUCAUGGAAUUCUUGACGCGGUCAAAAUGUUGCUUGGAGAGGCUGGUUUUCGACA